AUGAAUCCGUUUUCAUGUUUAAGUUUUGUUCACCUUUUUACUGCUUUGGCGUUAAUCGGCACAAAUGGAAUCACGGGUUUACAAAGGAGUCAUGUAAAUCGACUUCCAAGUCGGGAUGGACGUAGCACAAAAGGGUUAAGAAGCAUAAGGUCUAACAGUCGACAAUCUAAAACAGAGGGCGGUCCUAUCAUCGACAUUGUAAAAAGUUGGAGGAUCAAACGAGACAACAGCCACCUGCAGGCUAACAAUGACAGUAAUUCAAAGCCAUGCAAGGGAAAUUCGUGCUUAUGGAGUGCAAAACAGCCUUUCAAAACCAAACCGAGGCGUUCAGUGGUAAAUCGCCGUCGAAGAAGACAGUCUGUCUUCUUAGCCAAAGCACUUGACAUGUUGGAUCAUGCUAGACCUGGGGAAGAUAGCAACUUUGCCACUCGCGCAACGGCAAAUAGGCCAUUCAAGCCAAUUACCACCAUUAAUAAUAACACAAACAAAAUUACAGUAAAAAAUUCUACGCUGAUUAACAAGCCUACAAUGAACCAGUCUGGAGAUAAAAGACAGGGAUGGUCUGAUCCCACCGGCGAGAUGAGACCGCGUUUCUUUUUCAAUAGUGCACCCGCAGAAUACGUCGAGCAGAAACCUCCGUCUUUGAGAGCUGGUACGGGACCAGAUAAUUUAGCAUUGCCUCCAGAGACUAGAGCAGGGCCACCUGUACCUGCCCACUUGCACCGGAUGAAUCCAUUCUUAAAAGGAGUCAAUAAUGGCUUACACGUGGGAAAGCAUCCUGUCCACUUUCCGCACAUACCAGCUACUUUCGUCGGUAAUCCCUUAUCCCAUCGCAUGACUGGUCCGUCCCAUUUCCAUAAUCAUCUACGUCACCAUCAAUUUGGUCCUCCACCAUACGCCAUCCACAUAAACGCACCACCCAGACUAGAGCCUCCUCUUUCACCCCCUAAUCUAAUACCUCAAAACAUCCCUCCCUUUCCUCAACCACCUCCAGAAAUAUUAGGUGGGCCAAUGCCACCUUUAAAUCCACCGGUAGGCUUUGAACCUCCCCACUCACCCGGAAAUGACGCAGCUAUGCCUGGGCACGUCAAAAUGCUGCCGCCAGGAGGCAUUCCCAUGCCGCCGCCUCCUAUCAAUUUGCCGGAGAGCAUACCACCUGAAGACUUGUCACCCGUUUUACCACCAAGACCUCCCUCUGGGGUUGAGCCUCCACCACCCGACUUUGAAAUAAUGCCACCUGCUGAGAUCCCGGUUCAUACAAAUCAUCCUAUUGAUGGACCAACUGGAGCCCCGAAUAACCUUCAAAUUACGCCGCCACUAGGAAUUCCUAUGCCUCCGCCUGACUUUCAGAUAAUGCCACCUCCAGAGACACCUAUUCAAACAAAUCCUCCGAUGGAUACACCUAUUGGAAUGCCAAGUAAUCUUCACAUGACACCGCCGCAAGGAAAUCCUAUGUCACCCCUUCAGGCUGCUUUACAAGGAAUCUCUAUGCCAGGUGAGGAGCCACCGAUGCCACUUCCUCAUCAUGUUCAUCACGUCCCUUUUCCUGUGGCGGUUCCAUCACCACCUAGAAUAGAGAAUGUACCUUACCCAGUUCCCAUUCCAGGUCCACCAUCUAUUCAGCCUUUAGUUGUGCCCGUCCAAGUUCCAUCACCACCCAAGAUUCAGCGGGUGCCUGUUCCGGUAGAAUCUCCUCCUAAGAUACAGAAUGUACCUGUCCCUGUUCCAGUAGCCGUUCCUUCUCCUCCUCAGAUAAAGCAUGUGCCAUAUCCCGUCGCCCUCCCCGUUAAAGAGCCAGGUGAAAUUCAAAAAAUAUUUUAUCCCAUAGCAGUUCCUCAACCGUCUCAGAUUCACCAUGUUCCGUUUCCUGUUUACAUUCGCUAUCCGUCAGAAAUAAGACGAGUUCCGUUCCCUGUUGCCUUACCUCCAAAGCCCUUUCCCGUUCCAGUACCUUCACCGCCACAUUACGUUAUCCAUCGAGUCCCUUAUCCAGUCAUGUUUCCGCAAAAAGUUCCUUACCCUGUUCCGCUUGUUGUUCAACAUCAUCACAUCCAUGAGGACGUCGGUAAUACAAGAGGUGAGUACAUUUCUGUUUCAUCAUUUUUAUAUACAAAUUGUUUUUUUUCAAUGAAAGCAAAUAUCUCUACCACACACCUCUUUCAUCCAGAUUUUUAUAAUUCACAUCUACAGUGGAUCUACUGUCAUAGAAUCGGGUAAUCUUAGGUAAGUUGUUUGUGUUUAAGCUCGAUACUGAAAGAUAAAAACAUGUAAAGAGUUGUCUUUAAGUACAAUAAAAUGACCCUAUUUUUAGCAUCAAAGUCUGCUUGUGAUACAAAUUAUGAUAUGUUUGCUUUGUGUCAUUUUUCUAGAGUCAGUAAGUAAUGGACAGUGUUUGGUGAAUCUUUGUCUUAAUGGGGGCACUUGCUCAGCCUACAUGAACACCUACCGAUGUCACUGUCCAAACGGAUUUCAAGGAAAGCAUUGCGAAGGUGAGAGAAGCGAGAGGCUUAUUCCAAAAAUGUUUGAGCAACAAGUUUGCAUUCUUGUUGAUACGACCAAAGGAAAAAAUAUCACGUAAACAUUAGUUGAUAUUUUUUGUGUUAAAACUUGUUAAAACAAGGUUCUCCUUGAUAUACGUGUAAUCCUUCCUUUAUGUGGUUAAUUUCAUUUUAUUUUAACUCUUAAGAAAUUGCUUUGUUUGGUAUAACGUGUCCUCAAUGUUCCUUCUCAGGUGAACUUGUUUUUAGCUUUUUUUAUGAGCAUGCAUUUUGAUGUAAGGAGAAAUCGUUCAAGCUAACUUUGAAUCUCUUUCUUCUUCAGAGCAAAACACGUGUGAGCCAAAUCCCUGUAAAAACUUUGGUACGUGCUCCCAAGUUGAGCAUGAGUACGAAUGUACCUGCACUAAGGGGUUUAUUGGAAAGAACUGUGACAGUAAGUAAAUAAAAAGGCCAGUGUGAAUUUCCUACUACAGCUAUAUAUCCACUUCUUCCUUCAAUAUUUGAUUUUCAGUGGCGAAAUGCAUUAAUGUCGUUGUUCUUCUUCUUCUCCCCCUUUUUAAUAAGAAAAAUAUUGAUGACAUUGAAAAAAAAUUUUCCCUCUACAGGAGCAGACCCAUGCGUCCCAUCUCCUUGUGAAAACGGGGCUACCUGUUCAUCAGACGGAUCGUCAUACUCUUGCACUUGCAGAAUUGGUUGGAUAGGAAAGAAUUGCCAAGGUUUUUUCAUAAUAUAAGAUCAUGUUGCAAGGAGUGUUUGUGGCAUUUUCCGAUACAGAAACAACUUUUUGAGCGCUGAGAUGAUGUCAGUUCUGACAAUAGUUAUUCCCCUGAUUACCUCUCUGUAUAGAAAUAUUCAUUUAGUUAUCUGAAAGGUCCACGUCAAAAAAUUAAUAUGUCGCGGUUUACACGAGAGAUCCAAGCAAUUUACAUACUUCCUAUUUUAGAUAUUGUUGACCCCAGGUUGUAUCUUGUCAUACCAAUUGUUAUUCUAUUUCGUGUUUUCCAAAGUUGAAUCAAAGUGCCUUCCAAUUAACCCAUGCCAAAAUGGUGGAACUUGCACAGAGGCACAAGGAAGAUACCAGUGUGACUGUACUCCCGGUUGGUCAGGCUUAAGCUGUGAAGGUAACGGAGAGAAUGACAACUGCUAACAAAAAUUGUUCUAUGCAAUGAUAGCGUUGAAGAAUUAUAUGUUUAUCUAGUCUGAUAAGUAGCUAAUAUGGUUUCCUUCAGAGGGGGAAGUGAGACCCAAGGUAUUUAUUUUAUGCAAAAAAAGACUAUUCUAAACUUUUUUCCUUACAGUGUCAGCUCCGGAAACCCUUCAUCAAAGAGGUACUUCAGUUUAUCUGUAGUAUGCAUAUUGAGCAUUGAAUAGCUCAGUUCCUCGUGAGAAAACAAACGAAAUUGAUCAUCUUGCGAGGAAUUUUAAGUUCUUCGAAAGGUGUGCCGAAAGGUGAACCAGUGAUCUAAUUAUCCUCUUGCCAUUUUCGAUCUGAAACGCAACAGACACUGAGACUCUUAAGCUCAUUAAGGUUAUUUUACCACAACAUUUGAUGGGAAUUGGGAUACCACUUUAUCUUCUUCUAAUUCUAUCUACUAUCACCCAACUGUGCUACCAUCACUUAUCAACAUUACAGUUUUCAAACUAAACUACAAAGGUUUUGAACACUUUCAGAAAACUAACUUGUAGACAUUUAUUCAUCUAGAUUCAAAACUUAUCUUAAUUCUUUGCAAAUUUUUUAGUAAUAUGCGAAAAUUGUCACACUUCGGAUGACAUUAUUGAGCAAAGAAAUAAACUGCGUCACAGACUGACAGCAAUAAAGAAAUGGAAAGGUACCAAAGGAUAACCAAGGUAAUGACAAUAAACCUAAGUCUAUUGCUCCUACAAAAAGCGAGUUACUUGACGCACCUAAGUUAUCAAGCUUAGACACCAUUGCAAGCUUUUUUCGCGAAGCUCAAGAGGUCUGAGCAUGGUCAGCGCUGGAAUUAGCACUCCUCAUAAUGGAAACGUGAAAAUUAAGCUGCAUAAUUCCUUAGUAAAGAUUAUACCUUACUUUUUAAAAGUUCAAGCAUGGCCCACAGAGCUUUCCGAUCGGUUUCUUGUAAUUCGCACAAGCAUAACACAAACCUUGUGAACGAAAAAGGGUAAAUCAUCCUGGAUGCAAGCUUAUUGAUGACAUUCAAAUUAUGCGGAUAAAUAUCACACCCUUCGUAGCUUAUUAGAAGUCAACAUCAAAGUUUCUUAACUUCUCAACUAGCCCUUUUUGCACCAGUAAACUGCAACUGCUUCAUGGGCAUAAGCAAUGUAACGAUAUCUCAUAACUGACACCGACGAUGCGCAGUGAAGGUGUCUUUUUCAUACUUAUUGAACGCUUUCAUGAUUUCAUUUCGCACUUACAGCGCUUGAAGACACUUGCUUGAAGACACUCUCAACGAAGACCUAAAACUAACAGAAAAAAUUAACGACGAAGAAAACUAACAGACAACGCUUCCUGGAAAGCCCUAGACCUUCUACAUUCAACAAGAUCCUUGUUGCUGUCUAUAUCAAGAUUGUAAAUAGCACGAAAUUACAUUUAAGAAGUUCUGCCUUCUAAUAUUCUGGAUGUAGUUAAAAAAUGAGAGGGUAUGCAUCCAGUUACAAAAUGAAGAGCCGUCUCACUCGGGAAGCCACACUUAAAUCUAAAUCUAAAUCUCUCCCACCUAAAAAAUUAUCAGAUGACUUCAUAUAAAUGUAACUAAAUAGGAUUUCGAUUAACUAAUCUGGAAACGAAAACAGAAGCAUUCAAGCCACAUCGUGAAGUAGUAAUAGAGGUUUCUCACAAGAUAUUGAGUAGCCAUAGAGUAAUUGCAGGUCUUGUGUAACCAUAGAGACAUUAUCAGAUAACUCAUUUUAAGGGUCUUAAGUGAGGAGUCUGCCAGUUGAUACGUGAUUUAUUUUUUCAGCAUUCUCAGCAGUUUACUUGAAAACAUUUAAAGUAUCUUCAAGUAACUUAAGGUCAUGCAUCACGCUCAGGGCUUACUGAUACACGAAGAUGUAAUUAUUACCUAAUUUAUUAUAAACGAAUGGCUGAUUGACAUUGCAGAAAUACGAUAAAAAAAAAGUGAUUUUUCUGCGCAUUAGAAAAGUGCGUGGAUAAUUUUUCAUAAUAAACGUGAUUGUGUGUAUGUGUUUCUUUUUCGCUGUUUAUGACUAUAAAAAAUCCUGGUUGGUUAUCACCAGCCCGAUUUGAGCGCUGAUAGGAUAGUGUACGCGUCAUGCUUAUAACUGGACAGUGUUAUAGGACAUUUAGCAAGUUUGAAACAUUAUGCCUGUGUAAGUGGACAGUAAGCGUGAUGUGCGCGCUCUGUUGUCGUUGUUGUGGCUGAGUUACCUGUUGUUAUUUUUUAUGAAAACCUUUAAGCGAUAGCUAGCUUCUUUCUCAAAUGCUCUUGUUAUAGGUUUGAUUAAUUGGUAACCAUAAUGAAGUGUUGAUUUUAUACAUUUGUCAGCAAAUAGGCGAACCUUCAUGUAUAAAGUCUACUAAAUAAGUACGUGACUAACAAAACACUCAAGUAUAAGUUUAUGAAAAGAAAAAACGUUUUGUCUUCUCAGCCCAAACACAAAUUCCUCUUUGAAUAAUCAAUAUGCAUUUUAGCUUAAGCCUCAAAAUAUUGAUAAAUUUAUCGGCCAGUACAGUUUCAACCAGAUGAGCAAGACCCGUAUAUUUAUCGGAAUAUUUUGGAUUAAAGCCGCUCUUCGUUUAUUGUAAGCCUAGAUCUUUUAUUUAUGAAUUUCUCCUAUAAUUCAUGGUCAACCAUUCUUAAAUUGAACGAACAUGUAUGCUUACAUUUUCUACAUCAUUAAUGAAGCCAGCGAACAGAAGCUUUGGCCUCAAUGAGAUAAAUAACCAACGUGAAACAAAUGGAGACGGUAAAUCACAAAUCACGUGAUAAAUCUUGGCAAGGGUUGCAGAGGGAAAGGAUGACGCCUUGGUUAAAUCAUUAGCCUUUCACUGGCAAUGCAAGAGCUCAAAUCUGACGUGUUGAGACCAAUGCCGAUAUCUGAGAGAAAAAGCCGAUUAAAGCUGUUGAAAAUAAGCCGAUUAAAGCUGUUAAAAAUAAUCCAAUCACAGCUGAGGAUAAUACUUUGAAGGGCUGACGCAUGACCAGUCGAUCUCUUGGCCUUGAAAAGUUAAGCAAUAUCCGGUCGUCGAUCUACAUCGCGGGGAAUUACUUCGUGAGGCCAAUGAUUUCGGCCUGUUAAGGGAGGUGCAUAAAUAUAGGGUUUUGCUAAAAUGAUAAUAAACAUAUUGGUCUUUACAUAAAGACGGACGACUUUCCAGAAAUCACUGAUUACUGUCCCCUCCAUUCCCCUUGAGCCAUAUUUCAAUAUUCUGGCCGGAGAUGAGGCGAUUUUUAAUCGCGCAAUAUUUACAUCCAUUUUAAUCAUCGUUUUGAACCAGGAGGAAGAUCAUUAAGUAGAAUUUUUAAAUUAAAUCAUUUAAAACUAACCCUAAGAGAUUUAAGUGAUCUACGUCGGUUGUUUCACAUAUUUUAAAUUCUGGCUUUUUUUAUUUUAUCUUAAAAAGGAGGAAAAAAUUGAGAAAUAAAUUAAAUUCCCGACUAAUGUUAUGCGACUGAGAGAUUAUCUCCACUAGCACAUCAAACAAUCGCUGUUUAGACAUAGCAACAGAGUGCUCUUAAAAUCUUUUACAAAUACUAUGCCUACAUUAAAAUAGGCAUUGUUAUUCAAGAUAUGGUGAAAGUAACAAAACUUUGAAUAAGAGAAUGUAGCCGUCUAAGAGGAGCGCGUGUUUUAUUGUAUCGCGUUUUGAAAAAUGAACAAUUCACUCUAUUAAAACAUAGACUCUAGAAAUAAAGACUAUUCCAAUUUAACACUCCGCGUAGUGAGUUACCUGAGGGCAUAAUGUAACCUAUCAACAUAUAAUUUUAAGUGUAUAUUCUUUCAAUGUUAGGAUAUUUACUUUUCGGCUUCCGUUAAUUAUAUUUCAAGUUUUCUUAUAGGUCGAGUUAUAUAACGUUAGCCAAAUCGGAAGAUUGCUAACUAUUGCUGUUUUUUCACGCUGCUGCAAAUGGAUUUUUCAAUCGUUAAUAAACUAAUGCUGAAGUGGCUCCAGUGUAAAUUAAAAUUGGUGUUUUUGUUCCCAAGGACCAUAAAAAACGAAACAGUGCUCGUCGCUUUACAGAAAGAUGUUUUCAAAUCGAACCAGUAUUUCUAACAUGCGGCCUGUGACACAGCUUCAUCAAGAUAUACGAGACAACUCUACUCAAAUGGAUUUGAUUUAUUCCCCGUCAACAAUCAAGAUAUCUUUGAUAAUUCUUGGGCUUGAAGUUAUCUUUGGAGUUGUAGCCAAUUUAGCUGUAUUUUCCACUCUACGAAGUUACUGCAAUCGAAGCAUGUCAGUUUAUCGAGUGUUGGUUUACAACUUAUGUCUAACAGGCGCAUUAAGCAGUUUGAUAGGGAUUCCCAGUCUCUUUGCAGUUAUAUAUGUUUCGUUCAUUGAACGGACUUCUGUACCAGCUGCCCUUUGCAGAAUGAGGUAUUUUUCUUUGACUUAUUUCUUCUUCACUGACAGUAUGAACAUUUGCUUUUUGAGUUUGGAUCGCAACGACUUUAUUACAAGACCGUUUCGACGAAGGAUAACGAAACGGAAUAUAAAAACUUACAUUGCUGCAAUCUGGGCAAUACCUUUUGUGAUUGGACUUCUCAAUUUUGUGAUAAAAAUCAACACAGAAAAUUGUAUUCUGGUCUCAUCCGCGGAAGGUCCUUACUCCGAACCUAUGGUAGUCUUGCUCUCAGUUAUCCUGGUACUAACCUGCAGUUUUGUGGUGACAAACAACUGGUCCUCGGUAAGAUCGAUGAGAAACCUGGCUAGAAGUCUCAACACAUCUAAGAAAAACCACGUUCGUUCAGAAAAGAAGAUGAUUAUUUUGACAGUGAAAAUUAUUUCUGUCUAUUUGGUUACCGUAGCUCCAGCGACUCUAUGGUCAUUUGGCUUGCGCGCUGGAGGUGUCAAAAACUGUGUAUUAUGCAACGAUGUACGAAUCUAUUUACAGUUGUUACUUCUUGUUAAAUACCUUGCUAAUCCUUUCAUUUUCGUGGGUUCGAUAUGGAAGAAAAAAAAUUCUGUAGGCCAAACAAAUCUUGUGCGAAAAAAUGGAUUCAGAGGUCAAACAGUCUUGGAGGUUAGAAAAUCAAGAAAAAGACCCAUACGAGGAAAACCGCGGGAGUUUCUUGGAGAAGCCUCAUCUUAUGGAGAUAUCCACCAGCUUAGCACAAGUCGACGAGUGGUAACAAUUUAUGAGGAUAAUGAAGAGAGGCACAUUGAAUCUGAAAACGAUCAAGUAGCAUACCACGUGAACCGGGGAACACAAACUAACUUGGAAGUGCUUAACACCUGUCCAAAAAGGAGGCAUACGGGCAACACAGACAAUUCCUUGCCUAACAUAUUGGUUCACUCCUUUAGCAGACAUUAAAGUUUUUAAAAAUUCUUUUUUUAAUAUUUACGAUAGUAUAUUUUGGCUCCUUUAAUCAAGUUAUCGACAAUAGCAUGAAUUCAGCUUUCUAAAACCUCGUAACUGUAUGGUUAUUUAAUAAAAAACAGAGGUUGCGUGCGUGUGGCGAAGAGAUAUCCUACUCAAGUAAACGUUUUUCACAGUUUAUUCCGGUGCCGCCUCGUUGAAGAUAAAUCGGCCUCGAAACAUGUAAAUUAAGAAAGCCUUAGGGCAUUCCUCAAAAUGAAAACGGAGAGACUGUUUUUGUCAAAUAAAAUGAAACAAAACAUUUUAAAAGCAAUUUUCUUAUUUUCAAAAUUUAUGUGGAAGAAGGAUGUUGUUUCCCCCACUUUGAUAAAAGAAUAAAAUUAACUCAAACGUCUGAAUUUAUUUCUUCACUGUCGGUAGGCUCAAUGAAAAGAUUUGUUGAUCCCCUGAAAAAUGCCCCAAAGGAAAAUUAUUUUUUGGAAUAAACCCCCCGUUUUGAACUUGCAAUACUCCACCCAGUGCUUAAGAUCACUCAUAUACGAUUUUUGUCUAUGAUAUUAAAUGUGCAAUUUCCUUUAAUCCGAGAAACCUUUGUUUGUAGGGUUAUCGAUAUUUCCUGUAACAUAUAGAAGUGUGAAAUGAACCAAAAGGGAGUUUAGGUUGAAGAUAAAGAAACAGCCACCACUGAAUUUAAUUUUUUUUUUGUACGUAGCAAAGUGAAAAUUUUAACACUUUGAGAUAAGAGCUUUUGAUAUUUCAGAUACUGCGAUUUUGUCGGUAAAUAAUAACCGAUAGGCUUAAAUUAACUCAAUUGUGGUCAUUGCCAGGGUUAAUGCCAUAAGUGUAGACAGCUUAAUUACUCUAAAUUCGGUCUUUUCCUCACUCUAAAGCAGCUUAAUGACAGAAAUAAAAAAAAAUUGAAUGAGGAAUCAAAUCUACCACCACAUUAGAGUCUCAAAUGGCGAUUUGCCCCCAGCAAAGGAAAUUUUAGGUCCUCUUGAAAGAAGGUUGCCGGCUUGUUAAUUACAUGCAUUAGUUAACUCUAGCGCUUUCAUGUUUCCUUCUUUUACGCAUAAAUGCUUUAGUCGAUGGCGAUAGACCUUAACGAAGCGAAUCAUUAUGCGGUCUAAACCUUCCGUCAAAAGGACAAAAAAACAUGACAUCUGUGUAAAAUGUAAUCUUUCAAAGUAGUAUCCGUGUUCAUCACAAAUUAUUCGCCGGAGUUAAAAAAAAACACUUAGACCCCUCGGUCAAGAGGUAAAUAGCCUGCCAGAGUUUACCACUUCCGGUUGUACUUAUAACCAGAGAUACAGACAAAAAAAGAAAAAACAGUAAUACUGGAUUGGAUUCAGGGAAUACUGUUUUGAGAUCACACUUUGAAUCAGCAAAGUUCCUAUACGGGGUGGUUACCAGAACUGCUUCACUUUCCUCUUUGGCCGUCACAUUAACCUGCUAAUCUCUAACUUCGUGAGCAGUCAAGCAAUCACUUUCUGACCUACGCUAUUUAACUCUACGUUUUCUAUUAAUUGCUAACUAAAUAGGCCUUUUAAACUCAGGCAGGUGCUGAAGUCGCUAUUUGUACUAAAAUGAAAAAGAAACAAACAGUCAGCUUUUACGCAAAUAUAGCGGCUACCGAAAUCUCAUUCAAAUUAAUUCUACCUGUAUAAAACAGCUAUCUAAAUUAAAUUUAAGAUUCAUAAAGUUGCUCAAUCAUCUUGUCGUUUUUUUAAAAAUCCCAUAGUAUUGUACCCUCUCAGAGUUAAUAGUGCAUGUCCAGAGAAAUGAUGUCAUAGGGAUUUUGGAACAAUUGUGGGCAAUGCAUAAUGUAUGGCGCUUCGAGAUGUUGGUUGAAACACAAAUGCAACUUUGAGAAAAUGGCUCGGAAAAUCACACGACAAAUGUAACGUUGCACCUUUCACCCACGGCUGAAGACAUGGAUCUUAGGCACUUGACGAUAGUGGUUUUCUGGCUAGGGUUAGGGUUGUGCGUUGGGUCCCUGAGAGCCAUGUCGUUCCCUGUGGCUGAGAAGGGAAAGUCGACAGUCCGCGGUCGAAACAUGAUCAAAAAAUCAUCACAAUCUCAUCAAAGACUGAGCAACAUUCGAACUCAUUUAAAACAGCAUUUAUCAAGUGAAAUGCACAAUCCGAAGAAAAUAAUUAAGAGAAGAAAAGCUUUUAGACUAAAUACCGGAAAAAUUGCUGGCAUAUCUAGAGGAGUAAUUGCGAUAAGCAAAUUAAAACAUGGCUUCCUGAAGCAAAUUCCACAGGAAACUGAAAACCAUGUGUAUCAUGGAAGGAGAAAUAUUGCGUAUCAUAAGCCACCGUCGUUCCCCUCACACCUGGAUUUCAAAGUGGCUCGCCGGGACGAGGAUGGAGUUUUAAAGAGGUCUCGAAAUAGAGUGCGACUCAAAAAUAAAAAAACACAGGCUAGAAAUAUGGAAUCGUCAAAUAAGUGGCUUCCAAAGAAGGAAAACAUUACCUUGAACACAAAAGGACCGCAAAAUACCAAUGCUUCGAUGGAAAUGAAACGACAGCGUAUUUCAGAUGGAGUCAUGUUUGCUAAUAAACCCAACGAGUUUCUCAAUGAGGGCAUGCAGCUGAAUGAAAACCCCGAUAGUUUUUUUGCCAAUCCAUUGGCUGCUAAACCAGAGCAACGUAUUCUCCAUUCUUCUCAUUUCUUUUCCCCAGCAGUGCAUAAGUUUUUGCCAGCUGAACAUCGUUUCUCUGGUGAACCUAUUCACAGAUAUCUGUCAUCUCCAGUGCUAUUUAAGGAUGCAGACAGGGAAGGUUUCGCCCCUCUCGAUACCAGGGGCGAUUCAAACGGACCUUUUGAAGGUGCACCGAUGCCACCUCUAUUUGAAGGUCCACCUCGCCAUGGUAAUCGCGUCAUCAUUAUAAAUAGGCCCAUUCAUACUCCUGUUCCUGUGCCUGUGCACGGACCUCCAAGGAUUUCUGUGAUCCAUCAUCCAGUACUACUACCACCCCAACAGGUCCCUGUUCCUGUUCCAAUCCCCGGGCCGAGGCCUCCACAAUAUAUCGUUGUACACAGAGAAUUUUCAAGACCAGGUGUGUUUUUAGAUUUAAGAAACCGUCUUUGAAUAUCAUCCCAAUCGUUGCGUAUGUUUGUUUUGUUUAUUUAUUCGAUUUUACUUUCCCAGCGAUUGACCCUUGUGGUGUCAAUCCUUGUAGAAACGGAGGUACUUGUACAGCAGUAAUCACGGAUUUUAAAUGCAUCUGCUCGGUGGGAUACAAAGGAGAAAGAUGUGAAGGUAGCGCAUCAGUUAUGGCUUAGCGUGUUUGCUCAAUAAUUAAUUUAUUCAUCAUGCUCCAUAUUUUACCUGACUGGUGACUGCAUCUGCCUCGCUAGUUGGAGUUUCUUUUUUAACUCUGUUCGUUUUUUUCCUCCGUGAAUCCCUAAUUCAAGUCUUUAAUCUUGCCGUGAAUAGAACAAGGUUUUUCUCAUGCCAAUUUUGGCGCUUUACACCAUGUUACAUUAUAUUUAAAUUAUUUUUCACGAUUAUUUCGAGAGUUUCGUUGUUAACUGACAAACCUUUAGAAGCUAAGUGAACUCAUCUGCACAAAAAAUAUAUCUGUUUAUACCAUUUAAUGAAUGUCAGUCCUUUCCGUAAUUUGAGCAUAGAAAAAGUAUCGUUCAGCUUUAAUAUUAUAUCACUUAAACCACAAGGCAAAUGCUUGAGAAAGACAUUAAUCCAUCCUUCCUUUCGCUACUCUACGUUCAUUGACUUUCCUCAAGUCGUUAAACUAUUCUAAAAGCUGACCAGCAUAGACAGUAAGAUGAUCUUGUUGCAAAUGUAGCUGACAAUUCCUGUUUACCUAAUAAAUUAAUUUAUGUUAAUAUUCCAGUUCAAAGCAGAUGCUUGCCAAAUCCAUGCAAGAACUUUGGAAAAUGUACCGAGCUCCCUGAAGAUUUUGAGUGCACCUGCCACACUGGCUUCCAUGGAAAAACCUGUGACCGUAAGUUGGAAAUUAUUCUUUUGUUUUGAUUUUGUAGAGGUUUUCGCUUGCAUUUAGAAAGUGUCUAAAUACAUCUUGGCGUAAACACAUCCCUCAUUGAAUAAUUCAAUUUAGCAAGAAUUGAUCGCACAGCCUCUUCAUUGUGGUAUAAGUUUGACCAGCAGAUACUGAACAGUUACAACCAUGUUAAUUGUUAGUGUCAGUCUUCAAACUUACAUUGUCUGCAAGUUAAGACAGCUCUAUGACUAUUUCUUCCCGCGCUUUUCCGGUAAAUGUAGUGUUAAGUGUCGCUGAGUGAUAAGCCCCGCAGUCAGAAAAUAUUACCAAAUCUUAACUUUCUGGGUAUAGGAGAAUACCAAACAAAACAAGCAAGAAGCACAUAAGUGUUUGGUUUUGGUAAUAAUCACGAUAACACAACAAACAGUCGGAAACAUUUUGCGAGAAUUAAGUAACCGAGCUGCAAAAUAUUAAUUUAUUGUUCGUGAUUUCAUCCAACAUUUGUUUUUUCCGCUUUUUUUCCUCAGUUGAAAGUAAGUGUGAGCCUAAUCCUUGCAGAAACGGUGGGGUGUGCACGGAAAACAUUGACAACUACAUCUGCUCGUGUGCAGCUGGAUUUAUGGGAAAAAACUGCGAACGUGAGUGAUUUGAUGUUGUUAUAAGUUUGUGCUACCUCGUCGAACUUAAUGCAGGAGAGCUGUGGAAAGAAAAGACAGAUUUCGAUACGAAUGAAUUUGGCCUUGUGCACUACAACUAUUACCUUUUAUAGCUGUAUGAAAGUCUGAUGUUAUAUAUUUUGUAUAAAGGUUUAAGCCAUCAUAUAUAAAGUAUUACCUCACCGGUAAGAUAAAUUGUUUUUUAACAUGUGACAUAUCAACAGGGGAAUCAAAGUGUUUACCAAUCAACCCAUGUAAAAAUGGCGGCAUGUGCACGGAAGACCUGAGCGGUUACAAAUGCAACUGUAAAGAUGGAUUUGACGGAAUCAAUUGUGAAGGUAUGAUAGCCCCAGAAUCCAACACAAUCAUCUAUUUUGUCAUUAUUUCCGUGUCAAAGGCAGAUGUAAAAAACCUUGGUAGAGGAUUAUUUACAUGUAUAUGUACGUAAAAAUUUGCGGGUACCACAAACGGUCGACUUGUUAGGGUAAGUUUUUAGAGAAAUAGUGAUGCUUCGUCAAAAGGGGGGAGAGGGUGUAACAAGAUGACUUGGUUUUUAUCAACUGAAUUGCAAAAGAUUCGCUCUAAAGAAGGAUUAAUACUCGAAACGUCCACCUAUAAACUCUUUACCGUGGCCAGUUUACAUUAUCAACUCAUGUGAUAAAACCAAAUUAUCUCGUUGAGAGACUUCUCUGAGAGGCCAUCUCCGUGGACCAAUGCUUUAAUAAACCUAUAUUACGUGGGAUUUUAAUGAUAUUGUUGGUGUUUGUAGUUCGCCAGACAAGCACUUCUUGUGACAGUACUCCUUGCUUGAAUGGCGGGACCUGCAUCACUGAUAUCUACGACUUCUCAAAAUUUUCAUGUUACUGUGCGUCUGGCUUUACGGGAUUAAGCUGUGAAGGUAUUUUCGAUAGAUUUAAAACCUAAAAUCAACUUUAGAUGUGAUCGAAAAAUAACAUACUUCAUGCACUGAUUGUUGGUUUGCAGUGACCCACAUUUUUGAGUCAGUAGUCAGAAAUGGCACUCCUAGUCAAACAGAUUUAAGAAUAUUCCUAUCUCUCAUUAUUGAGUAAUGGCCGGUCUAGCCGGUAGUGUUUCUUAUUUCACUAUUUCAUUUAACUAUUCAAUCAAUCAACUUAAGUAGACCACACGUUGUGGCCCAAUCAUGAUGGUGGAUGCAUUGAAUAACUGAUGAAACGACGUGGGUUUCAAUGAGGUCAUUAUCUAUAUGCUUUCUCGAGCAAAACACCGUCAUUUCCUUUCUCUGAUCAUGAACAAUCAACCUCUCGAGGAAACUCGACGAAUUUCUGGGGAGUAAGACUGCAAUUAACUAACAUCCAUGCGUAUGGAAAUUAGAAAUCCUUCUUGUCCCCUUGUUCCCUUCACGCUCGAGAAACCGAGGUACGCUUCGGAAGCUACAACAAGCUUUACUUCGCUUUUACAAUCCCUCUUAGCUCAUUUCUCGUCCUUAAUUUGAAAUCCAUUGUUUUUAUCAACACGUGCAUGACUUGCAUGGUACUAGAACUUGCAUGUAACAGCUGCCCAGGAAUAUGCAUCAAGGGAGUGUGUAAAGCAGGUAUCCAAUCCCAAGGUACGUCCUGUCCUUGGAGGAAUGGUCACUGAUGAGCUCUGAUAGGGACUUUUUUCGUGAUGUUAUUAAUAGUUUACAUUAAAAAAAUACAUCACAGAGAGGCAAGACAGACGAAAUUUUGAAAUGGUGCGCAGCUAUUUUCAAUUUGACUUCUUUCAAUUGGAAACACCUGGGAAAACGCUAACUAUUAUUAUUUAAAAAUGAAAAGUAAGUAUCACUAUUUGUUAAAAAGAGCGAUGAGAAGAUAUUAAUAUACGGCACUUAUACUUAAGCGUUUAAUUAAAAUAGUGAUUUUCACCAAAUUUUGGGGCGUACUUAUCCUCACCAAAACAGUGCAAUGCCUACAACAACAAGAUAAAGAGAUUUAAGCUUUUGAAAAAUGAUUUUAAACUAUUAUAUUAUUCUUUCAGAAAAAGGGUUUCAAUCUCUCGUUCUUUCCAACCCACUUUCCAACUCACCUUGUGCACCAUUUAAUCCCUGCCUUUUUGGUGGACAUUGUCUUCCGGACGGGGAGGACUACACCUGUUUAUGCCCUGCUGAUCGAGGAGGAUCUCACUGCGAACGUAAGCCUCCCGGAAUUAAAAAAAUAAAUAAAUAACUAUAUAUACAUAUACAUAUAUAUUUCUCCACCUUGAUUUCUGCAAGUUCGUUCCAAAAUCCUCAUACGUGCCUCCUAAGUAUAUGCAGACGGUACCUCAACACUGUUUUAAUGUUAUUGAAAUAUUUUUAAAUUUUGUUACAGAUUUGUUUCACGAGAGCAGCUGUAAUGGCUGCCAUCACCACGCUGUUUGUAUCUCUAGCCAGUGCACAUGCCGAAAGGGAUACUGGGGUGAUGGACAUAGAUGCAGACCAAGUAAGUUAUGAAGUAUUUUCGUUGCGAAUUUACGUGAGGCAGUCGAACCCCUAAAUUUAAUACGGUGAUGUAAACGACUUUGUAGGGGUUUUUUGGGGAAAUGAAAAACGUCUUUUCGGAAACAUCGAGCGACUUCACGUGGCGUGAACAUUUAAGGGAGCAAAUAAAUGAAAUGUUUUCUCGUUGAUAGACCUUGCCUAUCGUUUACCGAGUACAAAUAUUACUAAAUGAAACGAUUGUUAGCGGGGGAAUUUGCGAGUAUGCACUUCAUCUAAAGGCAAAGUAAGUUGACCGAUUUAUUCCACAGAAAAAAGGUUAGGCCAACAUAUAUCUCAGAAAUUUUGUUUUUUACUUUUUAGCAAUUUUGUUAUUUUUUUAAGAAACCUCUCCAUGUCAUCCCAACCCAUGUGAGAAUGGAGGUACUUGUCGAGAGAACGAUACUUUAGAAACAUCUCAAUCGGACUGGUGGUGUGAAUGUCCCAAGGGAUACAGCGGAAAACGCUGCCACGGUAUGGUAUCUGCUUCUACUCCAUGUGAUAAAAAAACACAGUGAUGUUUGUGGUUUGAAAACCAUGCACUUUUAACCCACUGGGGAAUUAUGGUGUUCAAUAGCACGAGAUAGGGAAAUAAUCACACUAUUGUUAUUACAAUUAUCGCUGACUGUGUAUAGUUAACAACCUUUCACCGAAGUGGAGGUGGUUAGUUGUUGAUCUUUACCAAGCCACGAUCCGGCCAGAAAAAUAUCCAGUGCUAGCCACCGACACUGAGGUAAACAGUUUUUUAGCUUGUACUAUGCAAAAAAAAAAAAAAUGACCUUAACUCAUUUAUUUCCGCAACGAUUACAAUAUUAUCGGGCUCACAUCUUGUACGAGUUGUUCAGAGGUGAAUACCAAAAGAUAUUCGGUGUUUGAGUGGCUAAUCAGAGCGUGCUUUCAUCGCUAUUUACUGUUUAACUGUAUAAUGAUUUAUUACAUACAAUAUCAGCGUCUCAAUGUAACCUAAGUGCAUAUAAAUUCACAAUCAAAGCUGUAUAGUAAUUUUACUCAUUCGUGCCUACAGAGUUCGAUCCAUGUUCGAAAAAGAAGUGCUACAAUGGAGGAACAUGUGAAGUAAUAGAUAAAGAACCAAAGUGCAAUUGCGACGAACCAUAUGAAGGAGAGAGUUGUCUGCGUAAGAUAUUGAAUUCAUUUGAACAUUUUAACAUUAAUCAGAGAUCCCUAAGAGAGAAAAAGGCGUCCUGCGAGCAAUUUCAUGCCAUGAUUUGAAAAUGUAUCACCCUUAAAAAUACGAAUGAAAAAUUUCAGCGUGCUCAUUGGCUAAAAACACUUCAGUUAACCCAAAACAGUGCAGGAGGUUGAAAUUGAGUGCUAAAAGUUUAAAUUUGGCAUAAAAAUGUGCGAAAGUACAAAAAAGAACAAAAAAAAAAGUGUACAAGAAAAAAAGGAGAAAGUAACGAAGAUUUUAUAUCGAGUUUGAAGGAGAAUGCUGGGAACAGAAAAAAACCAAUAAGGCACAAACAAUUAGCUAAAUGUCUGGACGUCUUGGGCUUCCAAAAACGGUUAUCAUGAAAUCAUCUGAGAGUACGAACCUGAGGUCCUGAAUAAAAAAUCUUCGAGGAGUUUUAUGCAACCGUUAGUAAGGGAGAAAAGGAAGAUUAUGAGCCUGAUAGCCUUCGUGUAAUGGUUAUUGCUGUUGACUGAUGCCUAAUAGAGAAAGAGUUCAAACGAAGGGAAAGCCCGGCUGUUAAGCAAUCAAACUCUCAUGCAAUCUCAGAUAUACCAUCACUACGGACUCGUGAAACUUGGUUAGCCUUGGAAAAAUUUGCUAGAGCGGAUUUUUCCCAAAUUACAUUCGAAACCAUCUCAUAACCUAUACAAAGUUAUUGUCUUGGAAGAGUUAUAAUUCAUCGAAAAAGGUAAUCAUUGAUAACAUAUUAGGCAUUAGCUGUCUCACUUACAAUUAAUUUCAUGUAAUUACAUUUGUAUCUAUGUAGUCCAUGAAUGAUGGUAUAUUGUUGUAUUACCCUGAUAAUGCUCCCCUGCUGUUUCAUCAAAGAAGAUGUUUAAAUUAUGGUACAAUUAACAAACAUUUGUCUUGAUUCAGUCGAUAACGCUUGUUUACCAAAGAAUGGCGAAAAGAGGGACCCUUGUAAUAAUGGCGGAAAAUGUGAAUUCACCGACGGCAAAGUAACGUGUGUUUGUCCGACUCGGUAUGACGGUCCGACAUGUGCACGUGAGUACUUCUAUAAACGUACUGUUAUUCAUAGAGCACCUUUCGAUUGAGUGUCGUAAAACCAAGACCGAAGUAAUCACGGCAGCCAAUUAAAAUGAACGGAAAUGCUUUUAAAAGCCAGUGAAAGCUUAAAACAAAACCAACCAAACUUUCUAAAGCGCGGGAAAACGCGGGCGACCACUUCGUGAUGAGUUUUAGUUUUACAUCUGAUUGGUUGAGAGAGUGGUACGAGUUUUCUGGACCAAUCAGAGAGCAAAGUUAAGGAAAACCAGUGCAAUCUCGGGUUCAUUUUGGCACAAACUCGAGAAUUACUCUGUACGCUAAAAAUGAUACGUUCCUCCCGUUUUUGUUCGGUUUUUUUUUAUAAUAUGUUUUGGCUUCUUUUAUUGCUUUUAUUUGUUCUGUGUACUCUGUAUUUUUGUUCUGCUUUUUCGUUUCAUUUUUAGGCGUGCCUUUUCAAUUCCGCUUUAGAUUAUUAAAUGUUAAUCGAACCAUUUCUAUAAGUAUCUAAUUAUAACGCUCUGUCAUUCCUUCUUUUUUACAGUUGACAAAUGCGCUAAAUGCGACAAAAACGCAUAUUGCGAAAAUGGAGCUUGUAAAUGUCGCCCACCAUACGAAGGAGACGGAAUCACUUGCACGAAUCCGGAGGAGGAAAAACCAAAAAGUUAGAUUGAGAUAAGUUAUUUUAUUCCUGAGCGCUUGUAGUUGGUCAAUCCUGCUGAUUGACAGGAUUUUUCUUUUUUUUUUUUUUUUUUUUGCGAAUGCAUCAUUGCGAACAGAUUUUAUUUGACGGCUUUAACGUAACUCUCAUAAAGAAGGAAAAUUAAUGAUCAAGAAGCCUCAUGUAUUUAAGUUCAUACCUUAUGCAAAAAAAGAGAAAAUGGUUUUUAGGAACUCAGUGAACAAAUUACAAAAUAAAGUCAUCUACCUAGGUUUUAAAGGUUAAAAUUCUGAGUGUUAGCGAUAAUAUUUUCAAGGGUCAUUCACUUAUGCUAACUUGAAAGAAGAUCAUUAGUUUUUAGAAUUUUUUUCCUAGGGAAAGAUUGCUUUCCGAAAUAUUCGCGUCAAGGCUUAACUCGACAUGAUUUAUUCAGUGAGAGCAACAACGUGGCGGUUAGUUUUCUUGAAACAACGUCAAAACCUAUAGGAAAUAUUCGGAAGCAUAUAGCGAACGACUGAAUAAACACUCCCUUUCCAUAUAGAAAUAACCUUUGUGAAAUCGACAAGUAUAAUUCAACAGAUACAACGACUGUCGAUUGAAGGCCUUGUCCUAUGUUGCAAUUUUGAUGCCGAUCGGAAUUAAUAUGGAAUUAGUUAGGUUAAAAGUUGAGUAGUUCGAAACACUUUAUUGGAAUAACACUGACUGUUGAUAACGCCUUUAUCUAUUUCAGAGGCGCCUACCAAUCCGUCUGAGUUGGCAAACGGCUGCAAUCCAAACAAAUGUAAAAAUGGAGCUGAAUGCAUCGAAGGAAAGUCUACUUUUUUCUGCGUUUGUCCAGAAGGCACCUUCGGCAGGCUGUGUGAAAAGAAGAUUACACCCACAACACGUAUGAUAUAUGUAUCAAGAUAAAAACAACUCCAACGGUAGCCGGAUACAGUUUCCAAAUUCCCUCUGUAUCUCUCGAACAAGAAAUACUGAUAUGAAUUGCACUUGCAAGGCCGCUGCGUACUCCUCACCUUCCUCCCGAAAAAAGCCAAAAUAAUGCUACUAAUGAUAAUAGUAAAUAACAAUUAAUCGUAGUACUGAAUUAGUGUACCUGUUUGAGUAUAGUCAAUGACGGCUUGACAUUCCCCUCUCUACAUAUCUUUCAUUUUCAGCUAAAACUGUUGGGCUUCAAUUUCUGAAGAGACAAUUAGGAUAAUCGUUAAACAGUGAUUUUAAUUAUUUAAGGACCUGACCGUAACCGCAUACAAUGCUGCGGUUGCACCCAAAUUGCAGAGUCCUAGUCUGGCAAAUACAUUGACGAAACGUGUAAGAGGCAUUUGAAGUAUUCAGCUUUAAGAAAGUACCAUCCAAUCCGAUUUGUUAAAAACUGUCAUAAUACGAUCACAAUAGUAAACACAUUUUCUGAGUUUAUCAUGUAUUAGAUGCAUCAUUAAUGGUUGGUGAUCUGGUUGUUAUUCUAGUUUGAUGAUAGUUGUAUAAGCAUGCGCAGCUAAGUAUUGCCCGUAAUGAAGACGAUAUGUGACCCUGAAGAAACUUUUAUUUUAAAUUCAUUCAUGAUAGCUCCACCCAAAGCAGCGUGUCAUCCAAACCCUUGUCUUAAUGGAGGAAUGUGCAAAGAAACGGGAGUCAACCAGGAUUUUGAAUGCAUUUGUCCAAACCCCCGGUUUAAAGGGAGGUUUUGUGACGGUGAGUGAAGAAAGUAGAGCUUCUUUCUUUUUCUGUCUGAGGAUGGGGUCUUGGACUCUUUUACAGACCGUCCUUAUGGCAUUUCCUUUGUUAUAGGUAAUCAUUUUAUUUUGCUAAUUGCCAUUAAAUUGUAAUAAGUUUAAAUAAACCUUCUGACAAAAGGCUGAGAGAAUGUUUCAUUGUGAGAAUCAUACGUUGAAAUUACUAAUUUACUGAACUGUAAAUUUAAACUGUCAGAUAAUAUCUACAUUUUCCAUAAUCACGAUCAGUUUUCAACAGGAGGAGGGUGUAAGAAACUAAAUAUCUUUCGUUCUCCAAUGGUUCGAUGUACGGUUACAUGCUUGGUUGCCAAGCCUUUGAACAGGAGUGAGGCUAAGGGUGACCUUGUUAUGAUACAAACCUUGCAGCUUUCAAAUGCAAAUUACUUUGUUAUCAUGCUAACUAGAUACCAGUCUCUAUCAUAACAAGGUCACCUUCAGCCUCACUCCAAAUCAAAGGCUAGGCAACUAAGUACACAACUGUUAAAAAAAACCUAUUUGUAGAAUGUAAUUUAAUUGAGUACAUUUUCGAUUCACUGAUGCUUAGAUGACUAUCAACACAUUCUACACCGAGUAAAGCAAUGGUCUUCGCAAUUUAAAAAUUGCAAAAAGAAGUCUGAUAAAAAAAAAUUCACGUCACGCUUCGUCAGGAUUCAGUCGAAUCCUUGCCUCCCAGAAAAUAGUUGGACGCUACUAUCAACUAAGCUACGAGGACGCACGCUGAGAGCGGGCACAAUUUGGAAGGUCCUUCUUUCUCGAGAAGGAAUAUGAUUAUAAUCUUUAAUUUCCUAACAGUGGACAUGUGUGCCGAAUGCGAUCCUCAUGCUCGGUGCAUCAAUGGAAAGUGUUUCUGCAGAAGAGGGUAUUCUGGCGACGGCUUUUCGUGCAAAAGAGGUAGGUUUGUGCCUUUUAAUGAAAAUGAAAAGUCUCUCAUCACUGAUAGACGAACAUUAAUUAUUUUCGUGAAUCCGAAAUACUUGGGCGCGUACAAUGCUAUGAAGAAAUCACCACUUAUCGCCAGUAUUUUUAUCCCAUUUCAUUCGAUGGCUAACUUGCAUAGUGAAACCUUCAAUGUACUGUCCUCCGUAGAUUAAAGAAUGAAUAAUUAUACCUUUAGUAUCUAGCUCUAUUUUGUACCCUUAAUUAUCAGACUGUUUAAAUGCAGUAAUUAGGGAUAAGAAAGAAUGACUAUGGUUACUUAAGAGGACUGAUUUGAUUGAAAAUGGACACUAGUAAGUACUUAACUGUCACUAUUGAGUCGAUGAAAAUGAUGAUACUAUUAUGUCAUUUAUUUUUGUUCGUAGUGAAGCCAAAGUGUCCACCGUAUUCCUACACAGUUACAGGCGACAUUUGCAUUUGCAACCCAGGUUACUACAUGAACAAUACUGGGAAGCGCGCAUGUAUCCGUAAGUAUUCGUCAUGAGUCACUCAGAGAGGGAAGAAAAUAAUUUUGUAAUGCUUCUUUAUUCAAUCAAGCGUUGCGAAAAGAACAAUAACAUGUAAAACUAGCCUUAAGACAUACGUUACAUUUAUUGAUCAGUUACCCCAUCGCUCAGGGUUUAAUGGCGGGUCAAACAAAGUGAGUAUUUGUUAUCAAGUUUUGAGAAGAUAGGCUUAGACAGGAGGGAGGAAGAAUAAAGGCUUAGUCAGGAGAGGAGCUCAGUAAUUUUGUUGAAAAGUGGUAUAAUCCUUCUUGAAUUCGAUUAAUAUCUGAGCCGCUCGAUGUGGCUCACGGAGAGGAAAUCCACCAGAGAGGCAACUAAAAAAGGUUAUGUUGUUGACUUCUGAUGCUCAUCUUUGCCUCAACGUGAAUGCUUAUCAACGCAAGCCUAAGAAACUCUUUACCGCUUUACCCUUGAAGUAAUUUUCUGUAACAAAUAAUGCAGUGUAGUAAAAAGUUGAUAGAUUACUGUGACUUAAAUAUUAAACUCUUUGUGUUUUCCUCAAUGCUAGCGAUCACGGCGACAUCUCGAACAACAAUGCAGCAUGGGACUCAGCUCCAGAUUCCUCCACCAGCGCUCGGAAGUACAGAAACUGGAGGUGGACAACAGUGGUCAGGUAAAAAAAGAAAAAGUCGAGGAUGGAUGCAGGAAAAUUUUAAUUUGUACUAAUGCGGCAGCAAGUUUCUCCUAAGAUAGUGAGCAUCGACUGCCAUAAACACGUUUUUACACGGGGCUCACCUUGUUAAAUCGACUAGAAUGCACAUUCACUAUUUCAAUCUGGUUUAUUCAAGUUAUGUUAGGCGUAUGACAACUGACUGAACUGUGUAAUACGAACUCGAAAAUGACCUUUGCGACGACUUUGGUACAUACUCAUUGAGGUCUCGUCAUAAGGAGAUCGUAAUCUUCCAAAUGGUUAUAUCUAAAAGUUUUCAAAUAUGGCGCAAACUUAUUUUUGCAUUUCUUAGACCAAAUUUAACUUCUUUCUCAAAAUACUUUCUUGAUUACUGACACUAAUAAACAGUUUGUAGAGUGCUUGUCACAUCUGAACUUUUCCAUUCAUCUAUUUACUAACUCGCUGUCUAUUCUACGACACUAUAGUAUUACAACCUUACCGACCCCACUAACGUAACAUUACGCGUUGAAAUCUACCUUAAGGUAGUGGAGCUGAAGCUACACAAUUUCCAGUUACGAACUAUAAUUAAAACACCACUACUUUUCACGUUAUAAUUUCUGAUAACCGACUUGAGUUACAAUGACAACGCUUCUAACAUAAGCUUUUUUAUAUGAUAAAACUAACUCUGCUAGCAUAACAGUUUUUAAAUACGUUAAUGUCAUAACAACAACCGAAGCUACUAACAUUCCAGGACAAAGUACCCCUUAGCAAUUCGCGGCAAUCAAAUAUGAACUUAGCAUAUGGCUUAGGUUGUAAGUGCAUUUACCCUUGAAAUCGAAAUUGGUGCAGAGUAGCACAAAUUCUUGAGCUCGUAACCAAUUUUUUAACAUUCUUCACUACCUUGUCGCCCUCCUCCCAACAGAAGACAUUGUUGUUACAGAAUACCGUAGUCUAGGCUGCUGGGCCGACACCUCCGAGUGGCGAGAUCCAUCUAAACGCGCCAUGAUGGUGAUGGAAGGCUUAGAUCCCAAUUUGGCCGACAACUACCACGAGCGAAAACAGCCAAUCAGCAAGUGCGCUGACGUAGCUAAGAGGUUGGGUCUUAAAGUUUUUGCCAUACAAAAUGGAGGUCAAUGUUUUGGUGGCGCUGAUGACAAUGGUUACAAGAGGUAUGGAUCGUCUGAGAACUGCGGUGACGGAGUAGGGGGAACCUUGGCCAACGACGUCUACAAGCUCUGAGUGUUUCGAUUUCAAAUAUUUCUUAUUUUGGGAAAGUACCUUAGCCUUAUAGCAAUCAUACAGCAGGCUGAACCUGCAUCAUCCGAAGUAAAAUUGCAGGUUAGGCACGGGUGCAAUGAACAGUUAAAACACCGCUCUGGCAAAAUUUGAGCUUUUUAAGUGCGGUAGUAUAAGUUUUUACAUAAGUUUGAAUCAAUUUUCAUAUAGAAAAAACGAUGCAUUCUCUCAAAGAGAGAAAAAGGAGUAGUUUUUAAAACUUAAUUAUUGCAUUUCCGAGUACUUUC